GGCAGCAGGAGAAUGGGAGAGUCCUGUUGACACCACGGAGAGAUACACGCUGAGACCGACUAUGGCUGUGGACGCGGCGUCCAGCUUCAGUUUUUGCCGUGCCUCCCUGGAGCACACGGUGUCUGCUGAGGAGCUGAGCUACCAGCUGCCGCGUCGGGCCGGAGGCAGCAACCUGACCUGGCACGACGGCCGCGGCCAGAAGACAGCACACACGCGCACCGUCAAACUGCUGCAGCAGCCCGGCACGGAGGGCAUCCAGUUGCGUCCGGGAGAAGCCUUCACUGUGUAUCACACCAGCCCUACUCUGUCCAGUCUGUCCAAACCUGUGGUGCUGUGGACUCAGCAGGACGUCUGCAAGUGGCUUAAGAAACACUGUCCUCACAACUACCUGACCUAUGUAGAGGCCUUUUCCCAUCACGCCAUCACAGGACGGGCAUUGCUGCGUUUGAACGGGGAGAAGCUCGAGAGGAUGGGAAUCAUCCAGGAGACGCUGAGGCAGGAGGUCCUCCAACAAGUCCUCCAGCUGCAGGUCAGAGAAGAGGUCCGCAACUUGCAGCUCCUUAGUAGAACCUCCUUUGGAAACUUCUCUUAG